AUGGAUACUACUGAAUCGAGCCGAAAGAGACAGAACUCUCAUAAAGACCCUCCACCUCCAGAACAUCAGCAAAAGAAAUCAAAGAUGUCUGUCCCCGCAGCCCACCAACGAAAUCACUAUCCUGGACAUACACGGCUUCAAUACAUCCAGGAAGUUCUUGAGAUGAAAAACAUGAUCGAUGCCGGGUUGUCAACUUGGACCGGGCCAUCCAACAAAAAAGAGAUGGAGUCUUCGUUCCUAUUCACCCCAUAUGUCCAGUCUUUCGCCAUUCAAUAUGCAAAGUCCAACCCUGAGGAUGUGGACCUUCUCUCUGAAAGCCAGAAGCAGACCAUCAUCAGCAGCCUUGCGGGAUACUGUGUGCAAGAGGAAUGGGACGUUCUUAUGGGACUUCUUCCUGGCAUGGUUCGUGCGAUGAUCCUUGAGGUAUUCCUGGAAACUCUGAUUUACAAACAAAUAUUUGAACGGUUUUUCAUGGCCCCUUUUUGGUACUUGGAUGGAAAAAUGUCUCCGUCAGACGAAGGAGAUGAGACGUUCGGUACACGCCUGCAGCAUCUGUAUGACAGAUUCUAUGAAACCAACCCUCUCAUGGCGGCAUUUUGGAGAUCAGAAACCAACCGCCUGGCAAACGCGACGGCUGAAAAUCUAGCAUCGAGCACACUCCUUGCAACUCAUCAUCGGAAUCGCCGCGAGUCUCGCCUCGAUCAAUUUGUGGAUGACACUCUCUCCAGUGAGCCUAUCAAGUGGCUACUUAGAGAGCCAUCAAGCAAGGAGGAGGAGGACGAGCGCUAUGAGCUCCUUCAAUGUGUUUAUAAGAUAGCAGCACAAAAGGGUGUUGAAAUUGGAACUGUACGAGGACACCUUGAUUAUCAGACGCUCGCGAAGUUGCCUGAGACCUACACCACGGGUGAUGGUUGGAGGAUGUUGCAACAUGAAUACAAUCCAACGAAUUAUGAUAACAUACUGGAUGGUCGUCGGAUCUUGAUUGUUGUUUACCCCGGAAUUAUUCGCAGAUAUAUUUUGGCUCGUCACGACCAUCUCACUGAGUUCAGCCUCCCAGCAUACGUUGUGGUUCAGAAGGGACCUGAGGAGAAUGAGGAUCAGAAGGGACCCGAGGGAAAUGAGGAUCAUCUCACUGGGUUCAGCCUCCCACCAUACGUUGUGGUUCAGAAGGGACCCGAGGGAAAUGAGGAUCAGAAGGGACCUGAGGAGAAUGAGGAUCAGAAGGGACCCGAGGGAAAUGAGGACAAAUUCUAG